AUGAGUGGUGUCAAAGGUGGAGAAGUGAAGAUCGCCAUCCUCGACACCGGUAUUGAUCUUCAACAUCCACUACUUAGCAAAAAGAUCCAGAAUGAAAACUGCUGGGAUUUCGUCAACGAUACUGAAGGCAUAUGUGAUGAAGUCGGACACGGUACUCACACGGCCUCCCUGCUAGUGAAGACUGCACCUCAGGCUAGGAUAUUUUGUGGGAGAGUCUGGAAAACGCGGUAUGAAGAGGAUAAUACCGGGAGUCACUCACUUAUAUCACUUCACGCAAUCGAACACGCCGUGGAGGGGUGGGAGGUUGACAUCAUCGUCAUGCCAUUUGCCUUUUCGCAUAGUCAUAGCGACAUUGAAAACUCCAUCAAGAAGUAUUACAACAGGGUGCUUCUCUUUGCGGCAGCAUCGAACAGGUCUGACGAAAAACUUGGCUACCCUGCCCGUCACCGACAUGUCAUCUGUAUAUACUCCAACAAGACUUGGACGACCCCAUCCGAAUUUUGCAAGCUUGGUCAACAAGGGAAGUACAACUUCAGUGCCUUCGGAGAAGAUGUCAAAGGAGCGUGGCCGACUGGAUUAACGGAUGGGGAGGCCGAGUUACGGCAAUCGGGAACAUCUUGUUCGACUCCGAUCGUCGCAGGAGUUGCCGCUCUUCUCUUGCAGUUUGCUAGACAGAGCGGUAGAGGCGCUGUGCCUGAGGCGGAGGACCUCAUGGAUAAAAUCGUCAUGGAAAGGAUCCUGUUUGAGUGUAUGACCGAGAAGCAAAAAUCUGGAGUGUACAACCUAAUUCAGCCCUGGAAGCUGUUGAGUGGAUUAGACGGCAAGAAAAAACGAACUCUACCAUCGAUAGCGAGUAUGAUAUCGGAACGAAUCAAUGAAGAUUAG